AUUCGUCUAACAUCGAUGAAAGGCCAAAAUGUACGAUGUGGAGGCUGCGUGUGUAGUAAAUGGGCGUUUUGAGGAGGCGUUUUCAUUCUCACCUCAAGACUGCAAAUUUAGAGGAAAUGCCUUUAGAGGAGGCAAGGCUGGGCAACUUUUAGAGGGAAUCAUCGAGUUGUACGAUGCUCAGGGCUUUAGGAUAAACGAGUCCUGUGGAUCUCUCCUGGCUUCACUGACCCUGAGGAAGAACGUCUUUGAAGAGCAAGAAGAUCUCAUUAGCGAAAAGGUGUACCUGAGAGAGCGUCAGGAUGGAACUAUUGAGGUAGUCUAUAUCGCUAAAAUUACUGGAACCUGGACAUUGAGUAUUACAUCGCAAGAUUUUGAACAUAUAAGAGGGUCUCCGUUUGAAAUUACCAUUACUGAAGGUGAUGCAUCACCUUAUUGUUGCACGUUGCAAGCCGUUGAACAAAAUGGGUAUAUCUCUAAUUUUCAAGAAUUUGUCCUAGAGACCAAAGAUGGAUUUGGCAAUCCACAUACCAGAGGCAAGACUGGCUAUGUGAUAAAGUGUAUAGGAGGCAGUAAGCUUGUUAGUGUGCAGGACCUCAACAAUGGAAAGUAUCGAAUUCUCUGUUUAACCGAUCCGAAUUCCCAUUUUAGUCAGCUCAGAGUGACUCUUAUCGGAAAGGAUGUUGUAAAUUCGCCAUAUUCGCUGGUAAAAGGGGGAAAUGCGCGUCUAGCUGAUGCUUCUGGCCGUUGCACAGGCGCCCACCAGGAGGUGUUUAGGACCCUGAAAAUGUGCAAAGAGGCCCAUGAAAAGAAUUUGAGAAUUAGACAAGAGUGUAAUGUUAUGGAAAAUGAAUUUGAACGGAUGAAGCAUGAAGCAUUCACAUCGUACAACGCCUCAAGACUCCAAGUCGUCCAUUCCAUUCCUGCCAUAAUUUCCAUCAACGAUGUAAGCGUGGAGGAGCAGAAGGAAAAGAGGAAUGGGCUAAUAGCUAGGCACCAAAAGGUUCUUGAAGACGUGCAAGAACUAAAGAAGGAAAUGGAAGAGGUGGAUAAAAUGAGAGAGGAACUCUUUGGAUUCCUGGGUGAAAAGUAUACCAAUGCAGAAGAUACGCUGAGCAAGGCAAUGGAAGAAUACAAGAGGGCGCUUGGAGGCGUAAUUAAGGAAGUUUCAGAAACGAGGUCACUCCAAAAAUUCCGCCGGGACUUGCAAUCUGGCAGUGCCAAUGCCUACAAGAAGCUGGAGGCUCAGAGGGACAUUAGUGAAGCUCUGCACAUUCUGCAGAAUCAUGUCGAGAGGGAAAAAUCGCAACCAACGAAUCAUGUAAAUCUAAGCGCAAUACCUGUAAAGCUCCUCGGACAAAAGAGACCGACGAUUCCAGACAAACCAAAAACACUUGCAUUCUGCCUGCUCGAAGGAAGAUAUCGCCCAAAGAAUAACAAGACGUGA